AAAUUCUGAUGAUAAAACAACGAAAAAUGAUGAUAAAACAAGCAAUGCUGAUGAAAAAGCUAUAAUCGUUGUUUUCCACGCGAUAUUAUCUAAUAAAUUUGAUUGGGAUAACGACAAUAAGAUUGUAAUCCGUGGACAAGGACCAGUUUUUUAUGGUUGGAAUAAAGACGGUGUACAUUUCAGCACAGAAAAGUAAGUUGUGAAUUUUGUUUGGUGUCGUAUUAUGUAACUAUGUAGUUGAUGCAAACCCCUCGCCCAAGGAGAUGUUCCUCCUUGUUUUCACCCCCCCCCCCAUUCUUUUUCUUCCCUUCCCUUUGCACCACUGGACAAACAGAGCUGGCUAGCCCUGUUUUUGUUCCUUUAAUUCAUAACAUUGUCCAAACCAUGGCUCAUGCUGUAUAAAAAUGACUCAAUGUUGCAUGCAAAUGGUUACAGCAAGCAAGUCAUGUUAACUUUAUAUUCAUAAUAAAUGUACAACAAAAAUAAUACCAUCUGAUUGGGCCACAAUAUGCCGUCCUACACAGAUAGUGUUAUUGAAACACUCUUUUCCUGCUUAAGCGAUAUCGGACCAAUGCCUAAUGCCAGGUGAAGGCAGUGGCUAUACACUUUAUAUCUAUUGCAUUCUUUUAUGCACCUGAAAUCUCACUAUAACAGGGUGUAUAUCAGAAAAAAGUACACAGUAAUUGGAAAAAGUUCACUAAAGUCAGCUGCGCGCGACAUUUGCGAAAACUUGCAGUAAGUCUAUUUAUUUUUUAUCAGUAAGAAUGAAGCAAUCUGAUUGGCCGAGGAGCCUUUCAGAGCGGGCCGGUUUUUUGCAUCCGGCCCGCUGUGAAACGCAACUGCCCGCUGUGAAAUGCAACUGCCCGGUCUGGUUUUCGCGGAAAAAAAUGAGGAGUGAAACAAUUUUUAGACGAAAAAAUCUGCCCAAAACGUUUGAAAAACGUAGCCUAACGAUAGUCAGAUACGAAAAUGAAUUGCAUCAAGCCCUAAAGACUUCAUACUAAGCACGAUGUACACCAAAAUUGAUAAUUUUUUUAGAGAAAUGCGACUGAAAUUCGGAAAGUUAUUUGACAUGUAUAAAACUUAAUACGCCGAGAAAACUAUAUAUUUUUUUAAAUGCUCAUGUAUUCGGCCACUUAAAAGCGAAAGAAUUACAGCUUAAACUUAAACAGAUAUUGUAAAAGAAAUGUUUUCCCAUUUAAUAAAAGGUUUAACUGCAGCAGUGAAAACAAUCUCGAACAUUUGUGUUAGGCAUUUUUCACUGAUAUAAAAUAUUGUAAACAGACUAAAAGUCUGUGUUUAAAAAGAAUUUUCAAGCAUAUUAUCGUGAAACGACUAGAAAAAAUACAAAAAUAUAAAAUGGCAUACCUUUAAUAUUCAUUGUCACUUUUAGUAGAAAAACGUUGAUUAAAUCAAAACAGAUUCUUUUUCGUCUGUUUUUGAUCGGAUCUGAACAUGAACCUGUCGUUGUCAGAAGCAACUGAAUUUGUCAAAGCCAAAACGCCAGGCUUAAAACUUUUUAUUCCAAAGCUUUUCUGCUACCAUAUUCAUGAAAAAAGCAUGUAAAUUUACUGAAACUAUACGUCUUUUUGUUUGUUUCUUGCCAGUUUUCUCGAGUUUUCGUAUUCGGUCGUGUUAUACAGGGUGUAUCAAAAUAAACGCAAUUCAUCUUUUAUGCUUAAUAACUUUCGAAAUACUAUUUCUAGUUAAACGCUUUUAGGCUUACUUCAAAGCCUGUUCUUUUCUCUUUCAAACAAACUAAUAUCCUUGUCUCCAAUGCUAGUAAUAAUUGCACAGGAAAAGAUUUAGUAAAACCUAUCAUUUUUAGUUGCUGUUUAAUUAUGCAAGUUUACUAUGUUAUUGUUUAGUCGGUUUAAAUGUUAGAAUUUUCUUCUUUAAACUUUAAUGUUGUCGUCACUACAUCUGGAAACCACGUAAGAACAAAUUAAAAGUAUUUUAAAAGAGACCAGGUUGUUUGAAAAUCCAGUAAACGAAUGCUAAAAAUCGUCAAAACAUUCUGGUGUCUGACCCAGAGUGUCAUCGAAUUGCGAUGUAAUGUAAACAGAAAUUAUAGCAAGUUGAUGUCAGUCAGCUUAGAUGGUCCAAGCCAAAAUUAUAUCGCAUUUGAAGUUUCAAACUGAGUUAAAAAUAGUCAAGAAAAGCCGUAAUUAUACUUAUUGUUACAAUCCAUUUAAUAAAAUGCAACAUUUUUUUGUUUUUUAAUGAAAAAAUCAGUUAUUUUCAUGAGAACGAUUUGUUAUUCCAUCUCAAUUUUUUUAAUCUCCAAUCGCAAUAACGUAAAGUAUUAUUACCCGCGAACCAAUGAGUCAAAUUUAAGAGACAACCCACUGUUAGAAAGCUGAAUGGCUACGCUUUAAAAUGAAUGUAAAGUUUAACGUUUUCGUCUAUUAUUUGUUUAGUAAUUUACAUUUCAGUCGAGGAUUGCGCUUUUUUUGAUACACCCUGUAUAUCUUUCAACAUUUCAAUUUUUGUCAGCCUCGCUUUAAAAAUACACAACUGCACUGAUCUCAAAUUAGUUCGCAAGCAACACUGGAAUUUUAAUGAAUUUCAUUUUUGAAUCUGAUAAAAAAUAAACACGUUAUUUACCGGCAGCGUCGGUCAGGAUGAGAAAAACUGGGCCCUCGGUCUUGAAAACGUCCCUCGCCCUUCGGGCUCGGGCCGUUUUCAAGACCUUGGGCACAGUUUUUCUCAUCCGGACCUCGCAGCCGGUAAAUAACAUAUAUGUACUUUAACAUUCUCUGGUACAUCUAUAGUACUAAAAAUAUUUGAAAUGGUAGCGUUUUUAGAGUAAGACCUUGCGCACAAAAAAUUUUCAUCGGAAACAAAAUUUAAUCACACAGAGUGAAAAUAUUGACUGUCUUGCACAAGCUGUCAAAGUUUCAAGAAAUUUGGUGCACGCAUAUAUAGGCCAACGCGGGGUCAUAUUUUGACUGUGUGAUUAAAUUUUGUUUUGGAUGAAAAAUUUUUGUGCGCAGGGCGCAGUCAUAAUAUCAUAACAAUUAGAUUACAUUGAUAUCGAAGGAACUAGACUCAGUUCCGAAAUACCGCAUACUCGAACCGAUCUGACCGCGUAGCUCAGUUGGGAGAGCAUUGUGCUAGUAUUCCAAAGGACGUAGGUUCGAUUCCCACCGUGGCCAGGCAUAUUUUUCAAGCCUGCCCAGUGUGGAUAUACACUCAGAGUAACAUUACAAGCAUCUUAUUCACCUGAGUACAUUACACCAACACAGCAAAUAUCAUGACUAUUAGAUUACAUUGAUAUCGAAGGAACUAGACUCAGUUCCGAAAUAUCACAUACUCGAACCGACUUGACCGCGUAUCUCAGUUGGCGGAGCAUUGGGCUAGUAUUCCAAAGGUCGUAGGUUCGAUUCCCACCGUGGCCAGGCAUAUUUUUCAAGCCUGCCCGGUGUGGAUAUACACUCAGAGUAACAUGACAAGCAUCUUAUUCACCUGAGUACAUUACACCAACACAGCAAAUAUCAUGACUAUUAGACUAGAAAAUACAUGCAUGCAGAAACCCUCGCCUUGCUGACAAAACCAUUGUAUUUUCCGAACAUGAAGUAUCUAAAGUAGUUGUCAUGGUAACACGAUAAUUUUUUAAGAAUAUUCUUACAAAUGAAAAAUAGCCUAAAAAUAUCACUUUUAAUUACAAAAUUAUCAAUUUCCCAACGUAUAUAUGUUAAGUAUGUUAUUAUACGUAACAUAAGCUUCAAUUUAAGGUAAAAUUCAACCACAAACGCUUCGCAAAACGUUUUUAUAAAGUGUUCUUUAUAAAACUAAACUGACUUUAAUUAAAUGGCUUUAUCGAUAAACUUUGAGUUUGCAAUAAAAUGAUUUCAAAUUUUCGCAUGCAAAUAACUUUGCUUUCUUUUUUAUUAAAAAAAUUCUAUAUAAUAAAAAAGGGAAUCAAUAUUAAAGAUACACUAAAAAUUAUAUGCUGUCUUGUUUAGUUGUUUCUUAUACGCAAAGGCCGUCGGGUUUUAAAUCCAUUAUAAAAUCAAUAUUUAAAACAAAUUUACCUUCGUUAACGUCGGCUCCCUUCUUUUAGCCGAUUCUUUCGCCCUUUCUUUAUGAGAAAGCUUUUGAAAUUUACAAAAUCGUGCAAAAAUGCGAGCAAAAAUGAAAUAUAUUUGCAAGAUAUUUAUCAAUCAUCAAAUCAAGAAAUGUUUGAUAUUUCGCUGUCGUCAUGCAGUCGUUAUAAUGCAAACUUUAAAUUGGACCAAUCCGUGUCCACUAUUCAUGACAGUCCGCCAUAUUUUUGAGAUCAGUGAGGAUGACCACCCACCCAACACCGUUGGUCACCCACGCCCGCGAUAAUUGAUGAACUUUCGACUUCGCUAAUGCUUUCGUUUCCCCGGGUGUAAAUAGCUGGGGGAAUUAGUACCCUCGCACGCCGUCAGCUCCGGGAUUACAUUGAUAUCGAAGAAACUAGGCUCAGUUCCGAAAUAUCACAUACUCGAACCGACCUGACCGCGUAGCUCAGUUGGCAGAGCAUUGGGCUAGUAUUCCAAAGGUCGUAGGUUCGAUUCCCACCGUGGCCAGGCAUAUUUUUCAAGCCUGCCCGGUGUGGAUAUACACUCAGAGUAACAUCACAAGCAUCUUAUUCACCUGAGUACAUUACACCAACACAGCAAAUAUCAUAAUUUUAAAAUUGUCGGAUGGUAUUUAUUUUUGUACUGAUACAUAUUCAAACAACACAGACUGGAGGUUUUAAAGCUUCUAUUUUGUAUACCACUCCUUUUGAUAAAGGGUAUCUUAAAAGGAACCAAAAAUGAACCAACAGCUUAAGUUAGAUAGGUAUAAUGAGGUGGCCGGCACAUUUCGAGAAAUGGGCUGCUUAAUUAAAUGUUGACGGUCGGAAACAUGGGCUUUCAAACAAUACAUGCUGGAAAUUCUUUUUUGGUUACAGGUCGAAACUAUUUCCAUUCAAUUGUUUGUUGAGUAAAAUUGUUUAUUUUUGUCAUUCAAAAUACAGAUUUUUUCCCACACACCAAUCACAUCUUUGUUAUUCUCCUGUAUAAGAAAGGUGGUAUAACUAGCCUGUUGCUCAGUCGUCAAUGAAUAGAAGUGCUUGGCGGCACGACCGUGAAGGAAAGCCGGUAACGUUUUCAACUGAUCAGCGUUACUCCAGCCACUUGUACCACACACAUCAAAAUGACGCAGCCAUUGUUGAUAAUCUCCCUUAUAACCAUCAUAAGCCUGGUUCACACGAUGAAAUAAGCAUAAGCAUAAGCAAGCGGAACCUUUGAUGUGCAUAAGCAUAAACAUAAGAAGAACAAAUGUUGCGUUCUUCUUAUGCUUACGUUUAUGCACAUCAAAGGUUCCGCUGCUUGUGCUUAUUUAUGCUUAUUUCAUUGUGUGAACCAGGCUAUAGCGAUCAGGAAUAAAACUCAAGUGUGAACCCCCGAUUCCAUUGCAAUGCGUAUCUGGUUAUACUUGUUUUUAAACUACUACCAAAUUAUGUAACGCGUGCACACACUUUAGUUUCACUGAAACUAUGCUACUACUAAUAAUCUAGUAAGACUGCAUGUAUACAAAUACAUAUAACGCCAUGAAAUCAGAUUACAGUUAUUUUACAUGUCUUUCCUGGGAAAUCCCGCACCUGAAUUGAAUGACGUAUUACUAAUUUGGCUAAUAUAGUCUAUUUUACGCAAUAUUGCAGUUUUUUGUUCAACUUCUUUGCUUCGUUAUAUAUAGUCAGUGGUGUAGAAGAAGGGGGUGGGGGUGGGGGGGGGGCUUGUUAAAAACUCAGGGGGGCUGAUCCUCCUUUGUUAAAAAUUUCAUGCCGGUUUAAGGGGCUAUUCUCCCAAUAUUUUUGCCGAUUGCAUAUUUAUAACCUGGAAAGUUCUUUGCAACUGCAGGGUUGAAAUGAUGCGGCAAUGAUGUUAGCAAUCUGUUCUUGAUUAUGAUAAUACCAUGAAAUAGUUUCGGUAUAUCGGAAUCUUUUAUUUGAAGUUAUUAAAGUACUUUCUUCAAAAAAUGCUAAUUGAAGAAUUACUAGAAUCAAAAAUAAUAAUAGACCUUUCCAUUUUAUCAUGUUGUACCCACUAAUUUAGUGGUUGCACCCUCCACGCCCGGUGACCCUCACGUCUUGUCACCCCGCCCUCCAAUAAUUAAGACCCCCCCUUGUUAUCAUUUCAGUUCUACACCACUAUAUAUAGUAAGCUACAGUUGUAAAAAAGCAAGUUCAUAUACUCUACUGGCGUAGAGCGUAAAAUUUUACUUCACACGGUACUUUUUCCCGACGGAACGACUAUUUGAUAACAUUUUAUGGGUUUGAACGUGCUUUCCCCCAUUAUUUUUGUCAGAAUGGCAAAGUAGAAAAAACAUGUGUCCAUAAUAAUUGUUUUAGCAUAAUUUACUUCGUUUGUUUAGAGAUAUUGACAAACAGUUGCUGGUACACGGUGUGUUCAGCAUCCCACUCCGGCUCGCCUCGUAUAGAUGUGCAUACAAAUAUGUAAUAUUGAGUAAGAAGAAUAAACCUAUGUACGAAGAGCUUGUUGAAUACCAAUCACGGUUCGGAGGCUUUGUCAACCGAUGCCUUGUUAUUGAAGGGAAACAUGUUACAGAAAAGAGUAAGUUUAUUAAAUUAUUAAAUCUUGCAAAAUGCUAUUGAAUAAAUCGAUAGAGUUUCAGACAGAUUAAAUUCAAAGCUAAAGGCAAUCAAAGCAAAGAUCAACAAGUGAUACAUUAUUUUACGAGUGCUUGUUUUAUCCGAAUUUCACGAGAAACCAUCCUAUUACAUAUUAAUAAUAUGCUUAAAAAUGUUCGAGACAAUUGUAAUUUAAGUUGAUUCAGCAAACCGUCCACUGACAAAGUUUGCCUACUGUGUUAUAUCACAUUAUACAACGCUAACGGCUUGAAAAUUCCACUCAAUUAUGUAAGUUUUUAAGAAAAUACAAAAUAACAGUAACUCCGAAUAACAUUUUGAUUUUUACAUAUUCGAACAUUUUCAACACAUAAAAUCCCUUACGGAACUUUCACCUGACUCAACUAACCCUAUAAACACUAAUUUAACUGAACUAAUAUUUAGAAAUUGUAAAAUAAUUGAUAGGUCAGACCACUGGUCUCUGUUGUUAUUCAAGGAGUCUCUUGCUAUACGCAGACGAAAACCUGAUCUCAACCAUGGUGCGAAAGCUUCCAAAGAACUUCCCAUAUUUCAUUAACUGGCAUUUAAGCCCCGCCUUUCUCGCUUUAUAAUAGCUACUUCUGUAAUUUUACACUAUUAUUAAUCCUAAGGAUGACUACAAACUAGUCGGAACGUCGAUUAAAAAUCAAAAUGUUAUUCGGAGUUACUGCUAUUUUGUAUUUUCUUAAAAUACUGAGUGGUUCCCGUAAUUAUGUAAGUUUGUUAGUCUUGUUAAUAAGGGAAAGUCUUUUCCAUUUUAAAAGUAGAUAAAAGUAUUUUCUACCAUAAAACUCAACUUUUCCUUUAUGUAGCGCGGCCGCCAUGUUUUUUAAGCAAUUGGUGACCGUUACUUGAGAACUGCAUUAAGCUUAUUGGUUGAUUUUAGAUCUCAUUAUUUUUCCACCAAUCAGAUCAAUUUCUUACAUUUUUUGCACUGGUGUUACAGAAUUUUGCACUGCUGUUUGAAAUUAACUGCACUGAAAUCAACCUAUUACAGUCGAGUAACAUUUUUAUGUAUAUUAUUAUUUUAUUAAAAUUAUGCACUAAACAUUACUUGGCGAUUGAGAAGCACAGACGAAAAAUUAUAAGUGAAAUGCAGUCAUGACCAAGUAGUAUUACACUCAUUAGUCUUAAGCGCGUGUUAUGUAACGUACAAAGAGUCUCCCCUUUAUAUUAUCUUAUUAUCAUACACUGUUUGCCAACCUUCCUCGUUUUAGAAAUCUUUCACAAGUAUGAUGGAUUUAUAUAUCCCAAACCGGGAGCAAUAUCAUGGGUUUUUUCAUCUGCACCUGCAAUAAGUGACAGAAAAGCUUUCUUUCGAACAUUUUUUCCGAAGUGGAGCGGAUUUUACGUAAAUUCGUUUGAUUCCAAAAUCGAACUAGCGGAAGCACUACAUAGCCUUGAAUGUUUGGUGGAAGGGACUUCCGCUGAUAGGACAUCUACCUCUGGAUUUGUUGAACGUCGUAUUGUUGAUUCUCGGAAACUUAGGCUUGGUGAGGUAGGUGUGACAAACCUAUUAACUAACCUUCGAAACGUCGAAGUUCUGCUUAUAUUUUUAAGGUAGUUGUAUAUCCUUGACACCGCAGCUCUUUGCCACUGGUAACCACUACCUAACAUGCAGUGUAACUGAUUGGCUAGAAGCUUACCAUAAACUAAGAUUUUGUUGGCAUCUCACUCGAUUGAAUAACAGUUGAAGGGUCUUGUAGAUGGAAAUUAUCGAGUGGAAAUUUAAUUAAAUUCAUUUAUUGGACCUAACCAGGAACAGCUGCGAAAAAUGCAACUACAGGUCCCUGGCAGGAAUUGAACCUGCGGCCCUGCGAUUCCGGUGCAGCGCUCUAACCAACUGAGCUACAGAGGCCAGUUGUCGAGCUCUAACCACAAGUUUAUGUAUAUAUACUAGGGUAAUGCCAUGUUUAGGUUAUGGGAAAAUGUAUAUAAAUUUCCACUCGAUAAUUUCCAUCUCCAAGACCCUUCAUCUAUUAUUGAAUCGAGUGAGAUGCCAACAAAAUCUUCCAGCUGAUCUCAGCGAAAAAUUUUAACCAAUCAGCGCGCAGCAGGGACUCCUCAAAUAGAAAUCCAUACCAUGCGGCCGCGCGCGCUUGCAAAAUAAAUAUGGCGGAUAAAAUCGUAGCUAAAAAUUAUACGUUUAAAGGAAUUUAAUGUUUUAAGUUACUUAUUACUCACGUUUCACUCUUCGUGGUGGUUUCUGGAUGAUGGUAGACACUUUUUAAGCAGACUUCUUUUCAGGAGAUCGCGAAAUCUCUUCUCUAUACCACCGAAGGUCUCAACAAUGUGUUGUGUGCUGGAAUCAUAUUCUUGGGCAUGAUCUCGGAGCUGCUGCGAAAUAGCAAGCUGUGCAGCACGUACGAGCGUUGGAUCGCGUAAAAGUGGGAGACGAUCAUGAGGGUUCUCACCUUUGGUGGGAUCAAAACCGGGGUAAUCUUUACAAAUGCCAGAGCGAAAGGGAGAUUUAAGUGAUGGUAUUUUUUCCAGAUUUUGCUGCAGAUUUUCAGGUGAGAUGUGAUAGAUAAAACCAAUACUUAAACGAGAAGAUCUACUGCUAGUGAUGUUGUCGUUAGAAGAGGUAACUUGCCAGAUACGAGAACUUUCUGAUCUCUUUUCAAUGCAGGGAGAACCAAGCACAUCUGCUGUCAGAACUCCAUCAGCUAUUUCAAUUCCCAUGACUUUGUUGAAAGGAACAUCAAUUCUGUAUUUUGUUAUGCUAUCAUUGCCUGUAGAUGGAUGGUGUUAGCCAGUCAUUUUUUCAUUCCGAUAAUUCAUGUAGAAUUUGACAUCAAAUUUUUCCUUCGACACACGGGGAUCAACCCUAUUCCACACAACUGAUUUUGUUCCAUUGUUUAAAGUGGCUGAUUCCAAGUGGCAAGAUAUCACACCAGUUCGACCCUCAAGUGACUGCACAUAUUCAGCGGCAGAGUCUUUAUCGACAGAUAUUGCUGGAACUGGAUUAUUCUGGCCAUAUUCCCAAAGGUCAUCUCUCAGUGCUGUACAUUUGUUAUAUCAACCAUCCGGAACUUUGGUAUUUGCAAGGCAUGCUAUUUCAUCUGGUCCAAUGGGUAGCCGUGCUACAACAUCAUCUUCAUUGGCUUCAUUCAUUGGAUUGGAAAGCUUUAGAGAAAUAAUAUAUGGAGUGGGUAAUCAACCUAUUGUCGUAUUUAUGAAUUAUCCAGAAUCGAUAAAAAAAUGAAUAUUACCAAUUGGUCAUCUUGUUCUGAUGGGCCAGCAUUGUUUUGAUCAAAGUUAACCAAAUCACAGCUAUCAUCAUGAAACUCAUUAUCAAAAGGUAGCUAUAACAAAUUUUAAUAAUUGACAACUACAGGUACCUUAAAAUCUCAAUCGUCUAUGAAGUUCCCUUGGGAGCUAUUUAAAUUAAGGCAGGCACAUUUGUGAGUGCUGUUGGAAAAGAGAUCACCUGGUUAUACAGAGAUAGGCUUAUCGACUUAGCGAGUAAGAAAAGUUGCAAACGAGUGUGCAUCUAAGCCUUAUGUUAAGUUAGAGUACCGGUAAGGCUUAUAAAAAGUUGCACUAUGUUGAUCAAAAGUUUAUAAAGUGCUAUACUUUUGGUUUCUUUCUCUAGAUUCAACUGGGUACACGGAUAUUUACAUCGAAGCAAAAGGACAGUAUUUUUGCAAUACAUCUGAUCAUACUGCAACUGUUGUGGAAAAAACAAUUACUGUUAAGGAUAGUUGAUUUAUCUUAUUGUUUACCAGUAGGUAACCUACUCUCUUGCAGCCGCUCUUUGUGUUGUCACUGUAUUCCGCCCUAUGAAUGACUGCAAGGGAGACCAGCUUACUGGUGAAUAAUAUAUUCCGUUAUUAUAUUCCUCCCCACAACAUUCCUUUCCUGCUAAACCAAUCACAGUGUUCCUUGUAAAAUUAUGUUGGAAGCUUUUAAAAUUGGGGCAACUUGUUCUGGGGUUUUGAUAACCAAGCUGGGAUUGGCUAAUUGUGAGCAGCCACUUGUGAGGAGGAAUAAAGUGACGACACAAACAGUGGCUGUGAGGGAGACUCCCAGUAGGCAGGCAUUGGGUGACUAAGUAUUUUAUAAAGAAGAGAAAAUUUUUGCAGCAGAAAGGUCUGGUGCAAGAUUUUGUCCUUGUUUGCUAUGCAACACGCUUCAAGGAAUCUAUCCACUUUUCCUGUGAUCCGCUUACCCCUAUAGAUACAUGCAGGCAAGCAUUUGUAUGUGAUGAGGCUAUUAAAUAUGAGCAAUCCCCCACCAAGUGUAGAGCAUUGUAACUUAAUGGUAAAAUAUUAACCUUAAUAGCAGGGCCGUCGCUACCGGCGUGAGUGUGUGUGUGUGUGCGGGUGAAGCCAAGAAUAUUCCAGCGGUUACCCCCCAUUUGAAUAGAUGGCGGCCAUGUUGGUCGUUCCCACUUGCUAAUAAACGCUUAAACAACAAUAACUUUCAUCAUUUUAAUAGUUUAAAAACGUAUUUGGAAUAGGGUUAACUUAAUGUUUAAGUUCCCUGUUUAAGAAAUAGAAAACAUACGAAUCUUCUCAUUCCAUGGGAACGACCUGAGACUGCAAUCACGGCUUCAAUUUUUGAAUUGCAGAAUAAUUAGAUGCACUAUCUAGUGUAUAUAAGAUAUCUAUGGGUAAACUACGAACCAAUUGUUAGUUUUUACUGGAGGUUGAAUAGCUCAAGAUGUAAAAUCCGAGACGUUUGAAGUUAAAAUCAGGUAAAUGUUGUAAUUUUCAAGCAAAAUUUGGGUAAUAAUGUCGAUAUUUUUGUGAAAUGAUACCUAUUUUUGCAUACAAGUUUAUGAGAAUUGGACUUUGUGUCAGGAAAUCGUGCUUGUCCAGAAAAUGUUUUGACCAGGGGGGAUUUAAAUUUCUGGUGAAUUUGUAAAAUUUAUGUAAAAAUCGUCUCACAGCCCCUCCCCACUUUAGAUGCUUUGUUUUUCAAAGUGGCACAUGUAUAGGAGAAAAACAUUGUCUGAAUAUUGUUAUUUUGUAAACUCAAGUUUAUAUCCAUGAAAUAGGUAAUUAAUUCAAGACAAUAUCCAAUUUCAACUGUAUUUCAAAGUCUAAAUAUCAACUUAAUUUUUCUGGGGUUUUUUCAACUAGUACUUGUAUCUUGCGCAGAUGCAAACAAUAUUCAGAGCAUGUUUUUUUCUAAUAUUUGUUGAAAAUGUCUGCCAUUGUGAUGGCAGAAACUUCCCUGCUACCUGGCUGUUAGUGCUAACUUACCAAUUGCACACAUGCCAAUUUGUACUGACAACGUUUCCACAGAUCUAAUGGCAAGAUGCAUUGCUCCUGGAAAAUAAUCUUGCAUAUCACAGUUAGUAAGAUUUACCCGCCUAAGAUGUUUUUUGCAAAUUCUGAUCUUGGAACUGGGGUUUUCUCUUUCAUCGAAUUCUUCUCUGCUUCCUUUGUGUCUUGAACUGUCCAGACUGGGCCAGUAGAGAUAACCAACAUGUUACCCAACAAGGUGAUGUGUUCAAGAGCAUCUGGGAUUGGGAAUGUGGAUCUUGAAGAACUAUUGCCUGUGUGAAUCCGACGCUGUUUGCCAUAUGCGCAACUUCUGUACUACACUUGGAUGGGACUUUCACAUUUGGAAGAAUCAAUUUCUUUCAACUGAGCAUACUUUUCAUACAAUCCUCCAAAGCAUUUCUUGAUUGUGUCGUAAUCGUCUGGACCAAGGUAUACGCCAGCUGUAAUGACUAGUCGGUUAAGGUUGUGGCACUCAACAACUUUCAGACGCGAGGUGUUGAUGCCAGUGAAAUACCUUGACAACUUUAACCAUGGAGCCAAAUAAGUGAACUGGUAUACAAGCACUUUGGUCUCGGGUGCAAUUUCAGAUAUCUUGAUAGUCGGGCGAGAGAGUAGAUAUUCCAAAUACUUAGCAACAUUAACCUUUGCAACAACCACAUCAUCAUGGACUUCGAAAUUCAAUCCUAUCAGCUCUGUCAGUUCUUGUUUCUUGUUUCUUUAGGCGUUGUACAGUAAGGGCCGGCUUUGGGUGGAAUGACAUUGACACCAAGCACUGCUGAAAGAUACUUUCCCCAGGUGUUUCGCAGAACAUCUUGCAGUUGUUUUUGCCUAAUAGAAAAUGAACCAACAAUUCCCGAUGCAAAUUCAAGAAAUUUGUCUUUGUUCUUUUCAAAAACAAGUGGCAUAAAUCCUUCCCUGAAUAUCUUUCCAUUCUUAGCUUCAAGUAUAGCACUGCACAGUAACGUCUUGUUAAUAAAUUAUCCAGCACAAAGUUUACCAUAUCGUUUAAAGUGGGCAUUCCAACCAAAUUCACAGCAACACUUUCUUCAACAAUUGGUUUCAUCUCAGGAUAGUUAUCAUACAACAACUGUUUUAAAGCAUUAAAAUCUCGCAGAAGUUUCGUAGUGUUUACACAGCCAUUUGAAGUAUUCUUUCACAAAAGAAACUCCCAAGGACUUACAUGGUGAACAACAGGCUGCAGAAAAUGCUCUUUCAUUUCUUCCACACUUAGACAACUAAUAAAAGCUUUUACUCUUGCAGAACGGGUUCCUUCGCUAAUAUUACUCGGCAGAAAUACUUCGCUAACAAGCUCUAUGGCACUCGUUUUUUUCUUAUUUUCUAAAUUCUCCGCCUUGUUUUAUUGGUUGGCUCGAUAAUGGCGCAAUAAAUUAUUGUAGGAACCGCAAUCUUUCUUGCAUUCAGGGUAUUCACUAUUCACAGCGAAAAUUGAUUGAAGAGGAAGUCAUUUUGAAAUAUUUAUCGAUAGGCAGAUGUUUGUAAAGCCCACCAAAACUCAGUAUAUGUUCGAUUUAUGACUUGCCCACGCUUUUACUCUUAAAAUUGGAUUGAAAACAUCACAAACCAAAAAAGAAUUAUAGAACAGAAAUAUUUAUUGAAAUACCUUAACAAAACAGAAAUCGGCAUCUUAAAAAAGCCUAAUUUUAUAACAAUAUUUAGUUAUCACUAGCCUGUUCAUGUCCGAAUACAAGUCCGACAACAAUAAAUAUGCAUAAAAUCAACGCGAUUUCAGUUCGUAUCCAGUUUAUUUGUCUUUCAGGUGAACCAGGAACCCAUUAAUGUCUUGUAUCUCAUUUCUUUUGUCGAUUCGUACAAAAAAUCACGAAAGAUCAACCAAAAUAUGAACAAAACAUCGCCCUUUGCUGCAUCGGCCGAGAAAAUUUUAGCAAAACAACGCCCGCACGGAUUUCUGGUAUGGACUUCUAUUUGCGUUGGAAAUCAUGCUUUGCGAGCUUAGCGCGAGAUCAGCUGGUUGAUAAUUACGCAUAACCUAUACAUGCCAGUACCCUAGUAUAUAUAUACAAUCAUGAACUUGUAGUUAGAGCUCGACAACUGGCCUCUGUGUGUAGCUCAGUUGGUUAGAGCGCUGCACCGGAAUCGCAGGGCCACAGGUUCGAUUCCUGCCAGAGACCUGUAGUUGCAUUUUUCGCAGCUGUUCCUGGUUAAGUCUAAUAAAUGUAUAUACAUUUCCACUGAAUAAUUUCCAUCUACAAUACCCUGCAACUGCCAUGAACUAACAUUAUUACUAUCCAAUUGACUAGAAACUUAACAGGCAAGAAUAAACUCCACUAUAACAACUCGCAUCCCCACACUGUAUCUCCUGUGCAGGUACAAAAGGUAUCAUUGGACAGCUAAAAUAACGGCUGAAUCUUGCUGCUGUGUAAACAUUUUAUCGAUGAACUCAUUGUCUAACGCGCGCAAAACUGCCAAAAUUGGAUUACCUUUUUUGAUACACUCUGUAAUAUAGGGAAUUAAAAAAGUUAACUAAAGUGUAUUAUUAUAUGGUUUUUCAAAAUUCUCUAUUCAGAUUGGUUGAAAAGCGCGGUCCGUAAAAACAAUAUCCAGACCGUGGUCCGUAUUUUCCGUAUCUGGACCGGUGUCCAGGAUGUCGUUUAUCUAGCGGGAAAUUUUUGCUUUGCAAACAAAAAAAAUGUUUCUUUUUAAUUUUCCAAUUGUGUGUCAUUAAAAUUUACAGAUAAAAAUUUCAAACAACCAGAUUAUUUUUGAUUGAGCAUGCAUGCCUACCGUAUAUUGUUACCCAUUGAAACUGACGAUAACGCGAAAAGCAUAUGCUCACAGACUCAGUUCAGCCAUAUAAUAAUCCGAUUAUUGACCUCGCUUGUUCGGUCUGUACUGUGAAAUAUCAGACCUCUGUUUUUUGCAUGGACCUCGCUCCUUCGUCGCUCGGUCGAUACUAAAAAACCUCAAUCUGAUAUUUCAUAGUACAGACCUCACGCUCGGUCAAUAACCCUUUAUUAUUACUCACAUAGGGGCAAAAUCGUCCGGACACUAUCACAUAUAUUUGUGUACAUUCAUCGUGUUUCUUUUCAUAAAUAUAUCUCCAUCGCCAAACAGAUAAAAUAGCAAUCAAUCGGUGUCGUGAUAGAUCUUUCCUAUAAUUUGGAUAACAAGUAAAAUUUUACCAGCACAUUUUAAAUUUUUUGAUACUUCGUUUAUUUAUCAUUGUCAGUCCUUGCAAUAAUCUGCCGUUGUUUCCUUUUCAAUUCUUGCAAACAUUAAGUAUAUAUAAUUUACGCAUGUUGUAUUUAAUAAUGAGUAUAGUAUAUGUAUAGAGACAUUUAAAAUGUUGUUUGAGAGUCACGCUCUUCAAAUUGGUAAGGGCGCCUGGCUAUAUUUGAAUCGCAUUAUAUGCUUUGGAGAAUGUCAAUUGAACGUCGUGAACCUAAGGGAUAAAAAAAUUUUUGUUGCACGCGUGAUGAUGUCUGGAUGAUUUUAGCCGAUUGUAUAUUCCCUGGGAAUUUGUUAAAGAAUUAAGAUGACAAUUACAUUGUGUUUCUUGCUUGUAGUGUAUUGAGCAGAUUUUGAUGCCGAAAGUGAUGAAAAAUUUGGAGGUUUUGGAAAGUGACACAAACGUUGGGAGAGUUAGAGUUCAUGCGGUGAUUUCAUCAGUAAUAAUAGCUUACGUGUUUACUUUGAAUCAUGUUAAUUUGAAAGCUGAGCAGUAUGACAUUUUAUUGAAGUCUCUAAGGAUACCUCCAGACGAGGAAGUAUGUUCCGAAUUUGCGAAGAGUAUUAAUGAGUUUGAUGACAAAAUUUUAAGGUACCUACCACUACAAAUUUUAAAUUUGACCAAUCCAUGUUCGCUAUUCAUGACAGUCCACCAUAUUUUUGAGAUCAGUGAUGAUGACCACCAACAAACGGUGAACGGUGACCCAUAGCCAUGCGCCCACGAUUAUUGAUGAACUUUAGACUUCGCUAAUGCUUUCCUUUUCCAAGGGGAAAAUAGCUGUGCGGAAUUAGUACCCUGCUACGCCCGGAACGGCGCUCAGCGCCGUUAGCUCUGGGAUAAUACAUGUACUAGAAAAUACAUGCAUGCAGAAACCCUCGCCUUGCUGACAAAACCAUUACAUUUUCCGAACAUGAAGUUUUUAAAGUAAUUGUCAUGGUAACACGAUAAUUUUAUUAAGAACACUUUUAAAAUUGAAAAAUCCCCAUAAAAUAUCAAUUUUUAUUGCAAAAUUAUUAAUUUCCCAAACAUAUAUAUGUUACCUAUGUUAAUAUACGUUACUGUACGUAAUAUAAGCUUCAAUUUAAUGUAAAAUUCAACAACAAACCCUUUGCAAGACGUUUUAAAAUGUUCUAAAAACUAUAAACUGCCUUUUAUCGAUAAACUUUGAGUUUGAAAUAAAAUUAUUUCAAAUUCUCGCAUGCAAAUAACUUUGCUUUCCUCUUUGAAUAUAACAUAAAAGGGUAAUCAAGAAAUAUACACUCAAAUUACAUGCUGUCUUUUCUCAUUACACGCAACGAUCAGUUGAAGCAAUUAUAAAGCAAACAAUACAUCAAUAUUUAAAACAAACUUGCCUUCAUUAACGUCGGCGUCUUUGCUCUUUCCUUUUAGUAAGCCUAUUGGCUGUUUUCUUCUCAAAACAGCUUUUGAAAUUUACAAAAUCGAUCUUCCAAAAAUAAAAUAUAUUUGCAAGAAAUGUUGUUAUUUCGUUGUCGUCAUGCAGUCGUUCCAAUGCAAAUUUUAAAUUUGACCAAUCAGCUGGUUCACUAUUCAUGACAGUCAGCUAUAUUUUGAGAUCAGUGAGGAUGACCACCAACGAACGGUAAACGGUGAACCAUAGCCAUGCGCCCACGAUUAUUGAUGAACUUUAGACUUCCCUGAAUUGGUACCCUCGCCCCGGGCUUACGCACGGAACGGCACUCGCUGUUGGCUCGGGGAUAAUCUUCUGGAAUUUACUUAAUGACGUCACAAGAUUUAGGGCUAGGAUUGUUAGGGUUAUAUAAGGUUAUACUUGGGGUUAGAGACAUUAAAAGUUGAUUCCCAGUUUCAGUAAAAUUAAAAAAAUAAAAUAUGUCUGCAAUUUAAUUUAUUUGACGUGCCACAUUUAUUCGCUCAUAUCUCUUUUAUAUGUAGUUCCUUGAACAAGAUAAUCCUUGAGUUUUAUCAACAGUCAUCAAAGACAUCUCUUGUUGUUAACUGGCUACCUGCUUUGCCUUUGUUGCAUUUUCUGCGGGGAGAAUCAAAGCCAUUUGAGGAUGUAAAUUGCGAAGAAUCCGUUGGUACCACAAAUUGGAAAUGGUGGGGUUGGCAGGAUUUACCAUAUAGAGAUAUUCGAAGGCAUAUCACUGAAAG